AACAACAACAAAGUCUGAGUUUUUAACAGCACCUCCUGGACCAUCUGCGGCUGAGACUCUACUCUGGGACGACCAAAUCUACAUCUACGGCAACUAAGAUAGAUGAUGCUGACGUCCCGGACCAGUCGGCGGUGCAGUUGUCCCCACCUCCCCUAAAAAACACACAUGUGGAACAGGCAACGAUGACAACCGGGUCCGUUGAAGUCUAUUCAGACCAAAACGCCCCUACUGAGCCCUCCACUCAUCUACCCAGGGGGACGACACUGCCCGCCGAGGAAGUCCGGGACGCUGGCUCAUCAGCACCCCCGGUCCCCCACGACAGUGUUCCCCCAUCAUCGCCUCCCCCCUCCCCCCACCCCAACCCAGUAAUAACACCGCCCCCAGCUCCCUGUCCACCCAUGGCCUCUAGCCCCCUUUUAGAUCACCCCACCUUCCCCCUCACCCCUCCAGCUGCUGCAUCAUCCCUCCAUCGUCCCAACUACCACAUCGCCCGCCCCAACAGAAAAAUCCAGGAUUGGUCCUUCAAACCCAGGAGGCCAAUCCUGAUCCUCGGAGACUCCAACAUCAACCGCAUCCCCGCCCACACCAACCCGCUCAUUCAAUUGGACAGUUACCCCGGGGCCAAUACUUACCACUUCCUCAAAAUCUGUGAAAAAACGAUACCAAACCCGGACACCAAGAUCGUCAUCAUUGCAAUUGGUAUCAAUAAUAAAGACCAGGACCCCAGGCAGACCUCCAUCAAACAGUUCAAGGCACUGUUUAGGCUGCUGAAGUCUGUCUUCCCCACGGCAGACAUCUAUUUCCCAGUCAUCAACUUCUCCCCCAACCUCACCCCCACCCAACAGAAUAACAUCACUACAAUCAAUAACAACAUGGUCACUCACUUCCCAUUCCUAACCGAAAUACCUCACGACACUUUUUUUACAGAAAAGGACAAUAUUCACUGGACCCCCAAAACGGCCAAACUCAUCUUUAACAACUGGUGUGCACAAUUAAAUUUAUAGUCUCAC